GCGACACAGUGUGAUUGUUUCUUAGCCUAAAUUUACCAGAAUGAAAAUUGGAUGGACCUGGAAAGGUUAUCGAAAUCGACGAGAUUGUUGUGAGCAAAAGGUAAAAUCUAAGAGAACAGCUCGACCUGUUUGUUAAGCGUACGAGUAAGUUUUAUCCAAGAGAGGGACGUGUUUUAGUUUGGAAAGUGCCAGAUAAAUUACUUUCAAAUAAAUUUUGAAAUUUCUAGAAUGGAAUAGGCUGAAGUUACGAAAGAAUCAUCCGAACCAUGUCUUUUACCAAAUAAAUCGGAGGAAAGGAAUUAUCAAUAUGUCAACGGAGCUAAUAAGGCCGUUUUUAAUGUUCAUAAUUGAAGUGGCUGGAUGAUGAUGAACGAAUCGUGACAUAUUCGGAUCCAUCAAUGAAAGCUUCGUAGUCUGAUGUAAAAGUGCAGAAGAGCGACACGCUAAGUCCUUAACUCCCUGGACCACCCGAAUUUUUUCUAUUAGUCGGCUAUUGCACUCAGCACAAAAAAAAAUGGAUCAUACGUCACCAUGGGAGGAUCUCUGGGCUUUGCUAUGGAAAAUGAUUGGAGGAUAUAGAAGAAUUAUUUGUGGGAAGAGUGGUCGUCAAAGAAUAGUUUACAUUUUGGUUGUCUUCCGAAAGGCACGAUCUAUAAUUGAUUGAGAAGAUAAAAAAAUCUGAUCUUAAGACUGCUGAUUGAAUCUGAGAAAUUAUAGCCAGAAACACUUAACGCGAAUUUAGAAAAAUUCUUCAACUUUAAUGAGCGACACGCAGCACAGCAAAACACAAAGAAGCGAAGGUGACAAUUAGGACCAUACGAAUAUCCAAAAUAUGGCAUCACUAGACAAGAUGGAAUCCAAGUCGUCCACCACGGCCGAAAAACCCACAGAAUGGAUCCCCACCAGAUACGUGCUGACAUUUUUAACCUUCUGGAGUCUGUGCCUGCUCUACACUCAUAGAGUCGUUCUCAACUUAGCCAUUGUGGCUAUGGUCAAUUUAACCGCUUUGGAAUCUCACGAAGUUAACACUACCCUAUCGGACGAAUGUCCGGAUACGCUAGCUUACGAAAAUACAACCUAUAGGUAUCGAGAGGGAUAUUUCAUGUGGAGUCCCUCCGUUCAGGGUAUUAUCUUGGGAGCUUAUUACUAUGGCUUCAUUACUACGCAACUGUUGGGAGGGUGGCUUACCGACAUGAUAGGGGCCAAGAGAAUUUUCGCGGGUUCACUUCUGCUGUCGUCGCUAACAGUUUUGGCCACACCGUUCGGUGCCAACAUGGGUAUUCCCGUCAUUACUUCGUUGAGAGUGAUGACCGGUCUGUCUCAGGGUAUCAGUUACACGGCUAUGUAUACCCUAUUCGCGCGAUGGGCUCCGGUUCAGGAGAGGGGUACAUUAGUUUCCAUCUGCAUCAGCGGUAACCAAGUGGGGACAGUGUUGUCCACCGUCAUCACGGGUUAUUUAUGCGAGUAUGGUUUCGCGGGAGGUUGGCCUUCCGCCUUUUACGUUUUCGGUGCAGCUGGCUGUAUCGUCGUCGUACUGCUCGUCAUAUUCGUGUACGAAUGCCCGGCAGAUCACCCUAAGAUAUCCAUGAAGGAAUUGGUAUACAUACAACAGAAUCUCCCAAACAUAUCCCCGGAAAAGAAGAAGAGACCAAUUCCUUGGGCUAAAAUACUGACUUCUCCGGCAGUCUGGGCCGUGGCCAUAGCUAAAUUUUCUUGGGCUUGGGGAUUUUACACCCUUCUCACCAAACUUCCAGCAUAUUUGGAAUCUGUUCUCCACUUCCCAAUACAGAAAAACGGAUUUAUCAGCGCCAUCGUCUACGCGUCCGAAAGUCUAACUUUGGCUCUGUCCGGAUGGCUCUCCGAUUACUUGAGAAAGAAACAAGUGUUGCCAAUCACGACGAUAAGAAAAGUAUUCGAGUUGAUCGGUCUUAUGGGGCCUGCCGCGUGCCUGAUCAUCAUUCCACUGGUUAAAUGCAACAGCAUGAUGGUUAUUGUUCUAUUGAUACUGUCACUGGGUUUUCUGGGUUUCAUAGGAGGGGGCGAUAUGCCCAUCGUGGUCGACAUCGCACCCGAUUACGCAGGAACUCUAUUUGGAGUCUGUAACGGAUUUGCUUGCAUCACCGGAUUCCUCGCUCCUUUGGUAGCCGGUCUGUUUUUAGAGAAGGGGCAAGGCAGCAUGGCGCAAUGGAGUUUAGUAUUCUACACCGCUAGCGGGUUUUACCUGAUAGGAAUAGUGGCGUUUCUGUUUAUGGGGUCUUCGGAUCUCGAAUCGUGGGCAGUGGGCGCGACGGAGAAGACGGAGAAAGAGACGAGGAAAGAAUUAAUGACGCUAGAAGCAGACAGGAAAUUAUCGUUUGAAGUGGAGAAGGGGGGAAUAAAAUAUUCCAUUUCGGUGGUAGAGACGCCAAAUUAGCAUCGUCCGCACAUCCACUAUUUGAAUGUGAUGAAAUUGGAAAUAUGUACUUCUAAUCUGCAAGAAGGUGGACUCUUCGAUGUUAUACUGGCCCAUGUUUUAUAGUAUUAUAUAUAUCUCGUGUUUGCAUUGGUGAGAAAGGGUAUGACUGGUUUUAUAUUUAGUUGAUGCGAAUGAAUGCUUCGAUUUUACCUUGUAAAUUUUGAAAGUUGUUUAAUAUAUUCUUUGUAAAUUAUUGUGUGUUCUUUUUGUAUAUUCCAUCAUUAGAAUUUCAAUAAAACCCAUAAUUGAGA